AAUCGUAUAAUCUUUUAAUCGGAUAGAAAUCAUUAAAAUUUAAAGUAUACAUAAUGUCCUCACUAUAUAUUCCACUAUUUUUAAUUGUCGAAAAAUUACUUAUAUUUCUACAAUUGCACACUAUACCACAGUAUCUCUACACCCACUCCUUCAUCCUUCUCCGACACUGUCAGCGGUUUUCAAUGCAGCUUUUCAGUAUAACCAACAGUGUUAUGAAACUCGUGUUUACUCGUCUGACACAUAACUUCGCAUAAAAUGUUAUGCGCCGUUUCUCAAAUGUCACUUACGAAAUUUAAUCGUGUGAGGAACGGGCGAUUGUUCUGUGAUUUCUUAUAAUUGCCAGGAUAAAAAGGUGAGUCGUGUAAUGCGCGUGUAAACAUAACCAUAAGUAUGGUGUUUGACAAGACAGUGGCGAGUAGUGUCAUUGUCAGAAAAUAGCGAUAGUGUAUCGAUUACAAAUGUUGCCGAACAAUAUGUAUCUUUGCGACAUAUAUUUGUAAAAAAUGGCAGACGUCAGAUUACUGAUUCAAGAAGAAGGUCGAUCAGCCAGAAACUUGAUUGCUUUUAAUGUACCUGUUGGUACAAAUAAUACAGAAAAAAUUACGAGAAAACCGCCCAGUGUACCAAGGCAAACUCAGUCAGGUUUAACAAAACGAUCCAUGAAACCAACUACAAGAGUAAGAUCUGCUUCUACAGGUCGUGACAAAAAAUCUGAAUUGCAGGCACGAUACUGGGCAUUUCUGUUUGGAAAUUUACAAAGAGCAGUUGAUGGUAUUUAUCAAACGUGCGAAGAAGAUGAAAAUAUUUCCGAAUGUAAAGAAGUAAUUUUGGUGUUAGAAAACUAUACACGAGACUUUCAUAAUUUAAUAGAAUGGUUUAGAGUUAAAUGGGCUUAUGAAAACUCACCACCACCAUUAAGAAGAACUCCUUUGGCUUGGGAAGUCAGGAAAACCUCUCCUUGUCGAAUGUGGAAUUCUACAAUAAUUCCAAAAUGUACUAGUCCUCUGCAAAGAGUAAGUCCGACAGAGUUCAUGUGCAAAAGUCCAGUCGACCAAACAAUAUCUGAAAAUAAAUCAGACAAUAAGAUUAAUCACGUAAAAGAAGAGUUUGUCCAGAAAUUGUUAAAAGAUAAUAAAAACAAUGUUUGCAAAAAUUGUUCUUCCGAUAUUAAAGAGAAACGUAAAACUGGACCAGACAAGGUAGGGAAUCAAACAACCAACAAAGAAAAAUCCGCAUCGACAAAAGCACUUAAUAAAACUUUUGUGAAACAGUCAGUGCAAUCGAAAACGAAUAGCUUCGUAGAUCGCAAGACAUUAAAUGAGAGUGAUUCAAAGAAUAAAAUAGAUGUUAAAAAUACUUCUAAACAAACAAAGGAUUGUUUGCAUAGCAACACUGUAAAGUUAGCAGAUUCUAAUUUAUCCGUGGAAAAACGAGAACAAGCGUACAAAGGCGAUAAAAAUGAUCAAUUGAAUUCCUGUACUAAUUGUGAACAUAUGCAAAAAGAAACGAAUGGUGUAACUGUUAAUGAUGACAAAACAGAUGGAAAACACGUAGACAGUAAGAAUAAUACUGGUUUGGGAAAAAAUGAAAUUAAUGCCAAAGUUAAAAAGGAUAGUAUUAAAAAGUGUGAAAACAACAUUAAUAGCGAACAACUAUAUACAAAAUCAUCUGUGGCUCAGAAUAUUUCAGGCUCAGAAAAAGCAAGUCAAGUCAAUUGCGAAGUAAAUAAACACUCCAAUGAAGUUGAUGACAAAUCAAGUAAUAAAGAUAUCCGAACUUCUGUGGUAAAUACAUCUAAUAAUUUAGAUAAAGCGGUAAUUAAUACAAACAGACCUGCCUAUUCAACUGUGUCGCAAACGAGAUCUAAAGCACAGUCAUCAACUUCAUUAAAAACUCCAAAAUUUAUUAGGAGUAAAACUUGCUUAAGUGACAAAAAUUUACCUGCUUCAAGUAAAACAAGACCGGGGACAUCUGUUAUAGUGAGAGGAAGAUUUCAACCGCCUGAAAAUAAGUUAUCUGAACAAAAUGCUUUAAAAAAAGACCAAAAUAAAGACAUGAAUGGAUCCGUAGAAGUUUUAACUAAGCAAACAGUAUCUCCAAAAUUAAAAGACGAAAACGAUGGUUGGCAAACAGUUAGAAAUCGCUGUAGAAGAGGGAGCACUCAUAACUUAAACAUGUCUACGCGCUUCCACAAGCCAAGUACCGCUCUAUCCUUGCCAGCUUUAUCAAUAGAAAGUCCAUCAGAGAAAAUAAAGAAGACGAGUUACACUCCUGAUGGAAAUAGCAAGCAAAAGAAGAAAUGCAUUGUAGGCAAAUCUGGCAAAAAUAUGAAUAACGAAGUUGAAAAAGUUAAAGGAGAAUACAUAACGUCUACGAUUAAAAGUAAUUUCGAAGAUACACUUAAAAAAAAUACAUUAAAUUUGUGCGAUACUAAUUCGACGUCAGUCAUCGCGGCUAUCUUCAAGAACGAUGCAGAAUUACUUGAGAAACGUAUACAACAAUUUAUGGCCGCGCAGGCAGAAAGAGAAAGAAUCAUUUUAGAGGAAGAGAGGAAGACGGAAGAAGCGGAUUCUCAAAGAUCUCAGCAACUAUCUGAUGAAGAAGCAUCUUUGAAACGGCAAAUUUUGGAAUUGGAAUCUACUGAAAUUGAUAUCGAUACGGAAACAGACGAAACUGAUGGCGAAAUGGUGCUUGAAGACGAGCCUGCAGUGCCGCUCAAUGUUGUCACCGAUGAUAUUAGUCUAGAAGAUAGGUACGAAAAUAUGUUAGAGGGAAUGUCUUGGGCAGAGCGAGUCGAUACUCUCGCGCAAUUGCGCGCAUUAGUGGCUCGCCAUCCCGGGCGUGCUUUAGAAUUGCAUCAGAAACUUUCGUCCCCAUCGCGAAAGAGAUCACUUACAGAAACAUUGAGACGAUACCAAUCAAAACAAGCUUGUGCGCAACAUAAACGUCAAAAGUUACUAAUGGAGAAAUCACAACGCUUGCGGGACUUAUUAAACAAAGUGGAGGACGUUAAAAGCGCAAAGGGUCAAUUAAUAGAAGACAAAAGGAUCAGAAUGGAAAUGAGACUUAAAAGGGCGGAGGAAAAUAGAACGCAACAUUUGUUAGAAAUAGUGCGAAAAGCGCACGAUGAGGAUUCGAAAUUAAAAGAAAUAGCCUUUAUCAACGAACUUGAAGCGCAAAAUAAGAGACAUGAUUUUAUGGCAUUGUGUCAGGAACAAGAAGAAAGGUUGCAGGGCAUUCAAGAAGAACGUCAACGUCGACAAGAAGAAAAAGCUGCCAAAGAAGCCGCAGCCGAAGAACGUCGAAGAGCUUUGGAAGCAGAACGACAAUUACGGAUACAAAAAAUGAAACAAGCGCGACGAGAACGCGAGGAAAGGAUUGGCAAAAUGCAGCUCGAAAGAGAAAAAGAACGACAGGAAUUAGCAAGGGAAAAAGCACGAGAUCGCGAGGAACGCUUAUCGGCACUUCAUGCAGCUCAACUGGCUAAUCAAGAAGAAUUACAGAAGAAAAUAGCGCAAAAGCAACAAGAAUCCGCUAGACGGCAUGUGGAGAAUAUUGAACACAUUCGACAGCGCGCGGUUGAAUCUUCAAUUUUAAGAUCGGAAGAAGUAUCACCUACUCUUAAAUCUUAUCCCGCUCAAAAACAAUGUUCCCUAUGCGACACGAUUAUAUCUAACGAAGUGCAUCUUUUGAGCCAUUUGAAAGGAAAGCCGCAUCUUGAAGCAGUACGAAAUGCGCAUGAUAAUCGCGAGCCAUCGCGAGAUGAACUUCAACGAUUUAAUAUUGCGCAGAUACGGGAUGUUCCAAUCACCGUAGUUAAUAAUAAUAACACGAACAACAACAAAGUUGCGAAAGAAAAGCAAAAGGCACUGAAACGCCGAUGUAGAAAAAUAAAACAGCGCAUGAGUUUACGCGGUCAAGAAUGGGAAGAUAAACAUAAAAAUGAAUCUAAUCAGAAUUUAUCUACCGAGUCAGCCAAUAAAGCCAAGUUUAGACGCAAUUUAAAAGAGUUAGAUAAAUUAUAUAAUAAUCAUUCCAAGUCUGCGUGGACGACUGUGGCACUUGCUGCCUUGGAGCGCUGUUUAGGUGAAAUUGUUCGAGCUUUCUCUAAAUCGUGUCCAUUUGAUCAAGAUGCUUUCAAAAGUUUGAAUGGAUUUGACACCUUAACAAACUUGUUGAAUCUAGGCUUAAAUACACAAAAUGUGUCGAAUAAUUUAUCAAAUAAGGCAAUCAUAUCGCUAUGUCGAGUUUACAAAGCGGGUAUUGAUGGGAAUCCUGCGAGCACAGAGACUAUUUUAUUAAGCAACAAAAUUCUCGUUAUUUUGGACCUACUUUUACAACGUUUAGAGAUUUUGACUAGUCUCGACGACCACGCUCAGACUCAGGAUGUAUCCGCCAAUUCAACCGGAAAUGGAAUAGUCGCCGCCAGCGCGACGCAAUUGCUGUGCAGCCUGAUCCCUGAAGAGCCCUUUGAGAAAACGGUCUUGCAGACUCGCGUUCAAGAUAUUGCUGGAUAUCUGGUAGCCGGCGGCUUAGUGGAUCGCGUGUCACGCCACAGUCGCGCCUUGAUCGAGACGGAUUUUUUUCUGGAUCAAGAGCACGAGUCGCCGUUGUUGGUAUCGUCUUUCGAUCUUCUCGCAUGUAUCUGCGGUCAUCUGAAGAGGUCCGUCGAUCAAGAUAAUGUCAGCGUGCACGGUGAGGGCAACAACGUCGAGCAAACAAGCAACGAGUCGCAUUUGCUGUCGACUUUAUCGGCGACCGAAGCCUCCGGCGCGAUCGGCGCUCUUUACGCGGCGGUCGCGUUCACGCCGCAGAAUCAGAAGGGAGCCUCUCCGACACCUAAUCACACAUUCACGACUGCCGUGCGGAUUCUGGCCGGCAGUGGCCUCAAACUUUUCAAGUCGAUCGCGGCACUCGAUCUUCGGACACUACAGAGUUUAUUGGGCGCCGAAGGCACGAGCUUGCAGUGGCGAUUGAUAGCGAGUCAUUUGAUAACUCGGCUAUCCCGCGAUUCUUUAUCGGACAAAGUGGAAGUAGGAUCUAUGCCGAAUACAAGCGGUAUUCACAUCCUCUCGGAAUUGUUUGCGGUGCUCGGAUACUUCGCCCUCAACAAUCCAGAUAAUCAGCUGGUCCUUCAAUCCGCUGGCGCGGGUCCUAGCGUUCUGCAGCAGUUAUGCACUCUACCAUUCCCUUUUUACGGGGAUCCCAGAUUGAUACCAUGCACAUUGCCGGCGCUUUUGGCCGCGACGCAUCACAAUCCCGAGGCAAUGGCGAUAUUGUCUUGCGAAAUGUCAUAUGAGUUGCUGGAGCAGUACAGAAACUCAGAUGAAGGUAAAUUAAAUCCUUUGGUGCGUUUGCUGAAGGAUAACGCUUAGUCCGCCACGUUUCACUAAAGAUUUGAUUAGUUUAAUCACGCUCCAAGAGCUCAUUAGGUAUAAUCUGCGCGUUUGUCGAAAUCAUUGGUAAAGCUAUUUAUCUGCGAGAUAUAAGAAAAACACGAAACCAAAAAAUGAAAAAAAUUUCACCAGAUGCAGUUCGUAGUCUCGUAUCUAAUAUAUCAGAUAUUGCGAUCCCUGACAAUGGUAGGUUCUUACUCAAACAACGUACAUAAAACGAACGUGCACAUUUAUUUGAGUCCAAGAAUAAAACUCGAUUUGCGGAGAGAGUUAAAUUUACUUGGAAGUAACGCGAACAAAGUAUGUACGUUAAUUUAGACCAGUGUCUCCCAAACCAUUUCGCUCGCCUAUUUACGGCUGCGGCGUACAGAUGAAACACGCAUGAUAUUCCGUUUUACAGUCUUGCAAUAUGUAUCGUUUAACGUCUACACGGUGUCUCAGAAUUAUUGGAUUUUUUCUAAGUUAUAAAUUCUUUGAUAAAUAUUACUUCAAUCCUUAUACGUGUUUCAUCAAUUUUAUACAAAAUUAAGCGUGUUAAAGAAUCUUGAAGUUACUUUUCGAACAUAAUUUGUGAAACACUGACUUAAAUAUCGCGAUACUUAUCAAUUCACGAUUUAAUAAUACUGAUUUAAAUAUCGCGAUACUUAUCAAUUCACGAUUUAAUAAUACUGAUUUAAAUAUCGCGAUACUUAUCAAACGUUGAAAUAAAAAAUAUACGUUUCUCGAGAAACUGUCAGAGAUAUGAAACAAAGUUACGGUUUGUACUUUCAAUUAAUUGCUUUGUGAGUAAAUUCGUGUCUCGCUUUGUUGAGCGUAAGUGUUUACGGAAUAAUUUAUCCCUGCGCAUCAGUAGCGACUUAUAACCGAAAUUACCUGUCGCCUCGGUGAACAAACGACGAUAGUAAACAUCAUGACGAUCACCCGCGGUAUUUUACGCUAAACCGAGUAGGUACUUAACCGAAAUUAUCGUGUUGCACUCGUAAGUUAUCAUUCCGAAUAAUAUAUUUUUAUGUACAUGUCCGAUGAACAAGCGACGAAGGUGCAAAGCUCGAUAGAUUCUCGUUAAGUGGUUCACAGUAAAAAAAAAAACGAUUCGCGCAAACACGAUUGUUUUCAAUCUUCAAACUUAUGCUCGGAUCUUGUAGAAUAAAGCGCGGGUCGAAUUAAAUGAUAUAAUAAGGAUGUAAGAAGAUGGCGAGAUGUGAUCGAUAAAAACGCGCGGAUUAUCUGCGAAUCUAGUCUCUUUAAUCGUUAAUAGAUCUUAUAUUUGCAAUCGUCACUAUGUAUCUCGUACUAUAUUUUUUACAACCGUCCGUUUCCACGCCAAUCUAUCGUGCAAAGAAUGUGUCUUCAAAUGGGCCUUUUGAUAUAAUAAUCGUCGCGAAGUACGGCCCGAUAGAAGUAGAAAUUUCAUGCGUAUGUUAACCACGUAAACUGUACCUAGGAUAAUAAUAUCUUUCGAUAGAUCUUCACGAGUCGCGUUUAUGUUACACGCGCGUACUGCAUGCUCUUUAGGUUACUAAUUUCUCUAACUUACGCGACACUGUUGGAUUUAGAAAAAAAUUUGAUAGCUGAGCUAUUUGCGAAGUGCAAGAGAUAUUAUUUAUUUAAAUAAUCAUUAACGAUUAAUUAUGUUAUUUAUUUAUGAAUUGCAACGAUGUUAGCCUAGAAGGUACGAGUUUUCGUGGCUAUAACAAAUGCAUUUGUGCAAUGUCCUGCCAAUGCAAUUGAUAUUUAAGUACUAUACUAUUAUAUGAAGUAUUCAAAAAAAUAUAUAAUAGUUUGGCAGUAUUUUCUAUCAAAAUAUUUUUUAAUGCACAUUUUCUUGAAUGUCAUCUUUUUUGACGAAAUAUGAAUUUUUGAUGUUGGAUUUCUCAAGUACUUUUCAUAAACUUCACAUUCUAUUUAUAUGAAGACAGCUUAAAUAUGUAUAUUGAAACUCUUUCUAAUUUUCAAUAUUAAAUAGAAUAUUAAGAUGCCGAUAUCAAGACUCUAGCAAAAAUAUAUAUAUUUUUUUUUCGGAAUUUGUGAUAGAAAAUGUUGACUUACUAUUAUAUUGAUUCCUUGAGUACACACCAGUAGAUGUAAUAUUCAGCAAAUAUUUAACAUUAAUAAUAAUAUAUCGAAUGAAAACGAGAAUCAUAAAUAUCUCAUGCAUUCGAUCUUAAAUAAUUCAUGUAACAAUAUAGUAAUAUAUAUAUAUAUAUAUAUAUAAAAUACAGUAAUGUAUUGCAGUUUCCUGCGAAACUUUCGCCGUCUGGAUUAAUUCAGAGUUUAAGCGUAAACAAUUUCGGCGAAAUUUUCACGCAGAUUGAUAUCUCGCGUAAGCACCGACGACUAGUAGUUAAAUUAAAAAACCGCAAUGCUUAGUCCACUAGCAUUAGCGUCGCUUUUAUCGGAUGCUAAAUUUAUGAGCGUAGUUAACGUUUUAGAAAUGGGAGAUAAGCGGUAUUUUUCUAUGGUAGCUUAUAUAUACAGGCCUCAGACCAAUUAUAUCAUCCGUUAAUAACAGAUUCUCGAGGAUCGUUGGGAGAUAAAAAUCUUUAUACCAAAAUGUCGAUGCUACAAUAAUUUUUAAAUGCGAAGUGUUUAAUGUUGAUCGAUCAGAUGGUCAAAAAUUAGACUCGACAUGUUGAUAUAAAGAUUUUUGUUUCCAAAUAAUCUCAAGAAACUGCUAUUAACGGACGAUAUGAGUCUGAGCACUUAUACACCUGUAAGUGCGCAUACACGAUUAAGACUUAAAAUGUCUUUUAAAUGAUAAAUGCACGGGCGGGAAUGUAUUUCUGCGAUACGCGAUUCGACUUCGAUUCGUACUUAUGUAUCUCCUCGCAUCGCUCACGAGAACUUUCACAUAGCAUUCAUCGUGAUUGCUUAGAAUAGUGUUCCAAAAAGGUAGCUGUAGAGAUUGGUGUAACUUCGUUAACAAAUUCGGCUAAGUUCAAAGGGGGUCGUCUCGGUUAAAUUCGGACUGAGAUUGCCAAAUAACUUAGGCGGUACAAUGAAUUUCUACUGAUAAAUGUUAUAAGGAGGUUAUACAUGUAAAAAUAGAUAGUAUAUACGUUUAAGUACUUCCAAAGAAAGAGCGUCUCUGUCGCGAGAUUGCAUUGUUAUAACACACUUGGCGCAAGGUGCUGUUGCGUCUUCAGAUAAUUAGUAGAAAAUGGUUAAGAAAUGACAAAAGUAUUAGCUUAUCAUUGAAAAAUUAAUGCGUCCAUUGAUUGUUAUUACUUACUGCCCCACUUGAUCUUAGUCCUCUUACGAAUAUGAGGAAAGUUUUACUUGCGUUAACUAACAUUGAAGCGUUCACGUAAGUAUACGUAAAACACGACUAUUUUGUCGUACGGGCAGUUUUGAUAUUUCUAUUACGAACGUGUUAAGUGCCAUGCGUGUGUAUUUGAUGCGCAUCGUUCGUUCUAGCGCAUACAUCUAGCAUACGCGGAGGAGUAAAUUAAUAUAUUAUGUAAUACUAAUAUACAUGUAAUAUACCAUUCGUAUUACGUAAUAAAGAUAAUGCUUUGCGAUAUA